AUGAAGACAAUGUUCUUGGAGCAUUACUUCCCAACAUCUAAGGUUGGUAGUAUAAGGAAGGAAAUUUGUGGUAUUCGCCAACAGACUGGGGAGUCAUUAUAUGAGUAUUGGGAGAGAUUUAAGAGGCUACGUGCUAGCUUCCCCCACCACCAAAUAAGUGAACAACUCCUGAUCCAAUACUUUUAUGAAGGACUAUUUCCAUUGGACAGGAGCAUGAUUGAUGCAACAAGUGGGGGAGCACUGGUGGACAAGACUCCUGCUGCAGCUAGGAGUUUAAUUUCUAAUAUGGCAGCCAAUUCCCAACAAUUUGGAGUUUGUCAUAAGGGUUCAGUUAAGGGAGUAAAUGAGACAAACUCUAAAGUAGAGCAACAACUUGCGCAGUUAACUAGUAUGGUUCAACAAAUGGCUUUAGGUCAACAAGUGAAACCCUGUGGCAUAUGCCAGUUGAUGGGGCAUCUUACUGAUGCAUGUCCCACUCUUCAAGAGGUACAAAUUGAGCAAGUAAAUGUCAUUGGUGGGUUCCCUGGGCAGCCAAGAAAACAAUAUGAUCCCUAUUCAAAUACUUAUAAUGAGAGAUCGAGGGAUCAUCCUAAUAUAAGAUAUGGAAACCAAAAACAAGCAGCACCUACUACACCACCACGGUUUAAUUCUCAACAACGGCCUCAACAAGCCUAUGUACCUUGUCAUCAACAACCUCCUACUAGAGUCCCACAAGAUCAAGAACCAUCAAUAUCAAACAUGCUUAAAACUUUGGUAGCUUCCAAUAUACAAACUCAAGUAAUUCUUCAGAGUACUCAAGUGUCUCUCAAGAAUUUGGAGAACACAAUAGGAUAG